AUGCACUCCUGGAUCGAUAUCCCCCUUCGUGAUGGAAAAGACGCGGAUGAGUGGGAAUUAACUGAAUCCAAAGCCAUCGCCAACAUCGACCAGUGGUAUCAAGAAGGACGACUGCUCUUCCCCCGCGAUUCCCUCCAGGAAGUGCGCGACCAGCUGCGGAAGCCGCUUAAAAAGGGCGACUCCAUUUAUGUGAAAGGGUUCGAUGGGUCGAUGUAUGAAUGGCCUGUGAAAACCGGCAACAUCAAAACGCAUUGGGAGGCUGACAAUAACACGGGAGAGGAGAAACAGGUGGAUUGGAUGCUGCUGGUUCUUGAGAAAUCGGAUAUCAAGGUGCUCGAGGAUCCGGAAGGCUUCCUCGAAAUGGACGAUGCCUCCCUCGUGUUCUCCUGCAGCCCCAACAUUUGUGUCAAGGAAAUUGUUGUGGACAUUGCCCGUCCACUGGCUCUCAUCUGGUGUACUGUUAAAGACAAAGAUCCGGAACACGCCCUGUAG